AUUAAUUGCUCCAUGCACGAAGACCUUUCAUGUAACUUUGCGAAAACUAACAACAAGAUUCCAACACUGCUCUUAUCCUUUUUCACGGAUAUAACGGACCAAUCACGAAUGGUUAUCAUUCAGUGAGCUCAGCUGAGUAGUCGUACUUUCUGCACGAGAAACGAGAGAGACGUAUACGCGAAUGUUGAAGGAGCAAAGAGGAGAAGAGCAAAGUGUAGUAAUCUGAUGAUAACGUAAUCAUAUGAUUCUUUUUUAAACGCGCGUUCCUCCUUGAGAUAUGGAAAAACAAUGAAAAAUAGUUGCAGAGACGAGCUAAAGUUCGUGGAGGAAUGGAGGAAGACGACAAUCCGCGCGAAUACCAGCGAAAGAUUGUCUCUUUCAAAGAUUUUGGCAGAUUCAAAUUGUCGGAGAGAAGGUACGACGAUGACUCUCUCAACAUUUACACGGCACGGUUGAAUGAUUUACGUGAAGACACGUUGCGCAGAGCAAAAUUGAAAUGGUCCAAUCCAUAUGUAGAAAUCUCACACUUGGCUUUGGAGGGUUCAGAAAAAUCUUACAUCCUGCUAGGAGUACUAUACAAGGAUCAACAGCUGAAACCUUCCUUGCUACGUGAUCUCAGCAAAGAGUUGCAACUGGAAGCUCAACCAAUCAAUAAUUAUGCAUCGGUUGAUGACAAACUGUUUCUAGAGGAUGAAAUGUUACGUAUAAGAUUGGUGGGAAAUCACAUGGAUAUACAAGAAGUAGUCACGGGACUUGUCUGCGCAGUACUCGGACAUGAAUUGGACAAUGGAACAUUUUGGGUAGAGGAUUGGUGUUUCCCAGGAUACUGCUCAAAGCCUUGCACGUCCAGCAGGUUAUCGAUGGAGGAUGGAAAAAUUCUGCUACUGUCUGGUUUAGAUCUCGUUAAUAAUACGGAUGAGCUUAGCUUGGAUUUAUUUUCGGAAUGGGUAACUGGAAUGGCUGGGUCCGCCAAUGCGCAAGAAGAAGAAGCAGUAAUUGCUAAAAUCAUUAUCGCUGGAAAUACCAUUCGAAGUUCUGCAUUAACAAACAAUCACAAGGGUUAUCAUGAGAGCAAGUCGCACGACCAACUUAAGAUCAAGGAAGACGUAAUGAUGAUGCGUAAACUGGACAUUUUCCUCAGCAAUAUCCUUCAUUGCUGUUGCGUCAUGCUGAUGCCGGGAGAGUAUGAUCCCACUUGCAACCACAGCAUGCCUCAACAACCUUUUCAUCCGUGUACUUUACAGAAGUCGGCCAGAUUCAAGAGCAUGUACGGUACGACCAAUCCUUGGGUUGGAGAUAUUGGUGGUCGCGUUGUAGCUGGUUCCUCCGGCGGACCGAUCAUGGAUAUCAUGAAAGUCGCCGGGUUAUCUCAGAAAUCUCCACUAGAGUGGCUGGAGCGUACUCUGAUCUGGAGGCAUUACGCACCGACCGGUCCAGAUACACUUUCGAUUCAUCCGUUCUUCGGAAAUGAUCCAUUCGUCAUGAAGGAAUGGCCGGACGUGUAUUUUGCCGGAAACAUGGACAAGUACGAAACGAAAUUGGUUACAGCCGAUGAGGGACAGAUGGUGAGAUUGAUAUGCAUUCCAAAAUUUUCGGAAACGAAAACAGCAGUGCUAGUUAAUUUACGUGACUUGUCGACGCAGCCUAUUUCAUUUGGUGCUGGUUGAAAAUUGUAUAUAUAUCAUAGAGU